CACAGGAAGGUCACACCAUCCCCCACCAUCAUCAGAGUGGAAAUUUCGGGGAUUACAAUAUUGUGGUUAAAGAAGAGUAUAAAGAGGAGGAUCGGGAGUAUGGAGUGAUGGAGUAUUUAGAAGGACACAAGGAUGUCCCGAUGGAGAAUCAGCCGCCCCUCAUAUCACUGGAUGGAUGUGAUGUUGGGAAUUCCUCAGAGGGGCCCCGGAUUUCAUCUGUAGAUUAUGAAGGAGAAGAUAAAUUAAUCAAAACCAAAUCUCGGGGAGAAAAGUCUUAUUUGUGCCCGGAGUGCGGUCAAAGUUUUAAACGAAAAGAUAGUCUGCGAAGACACGUUAGACGUCACAGCGGCGAGACUUUUCCCUGUGAAGAGUGCGGGAAAUGUUUUUUGCAGAAAUACAAACUCACAGAACACCUGAGAAAGCACACUGGGGAAAAGCUGCAUACUUGUACAAAGUGUGGGAAAGGUUUUUUACAGAAAUGUAAACUCGUGAGACACCUGAGAACGCACUCCGAUGGCAUUCCGUAUACCUGUCCAGAGUGCGGCCUGAGCUUCAAUCAGAAAAGUGAUUUUUGGAUCCAUCAGAGAGUCCACAAAUUCAAGAGUUUUUUGUCGUGUUCGGAGUGCGGGAUUUUUUUUGAUACUCAAACUGAACUUACCAUACACCAGAGAGUCCACGCCGGUAAGGAGAUCUUUUCCUGCUCGGAGUGUGGGAAAGUGUGUGUGAGUAAAUCCCGUCUUAUUGUACACCAGAGAAGCCACACCGGUGAGAAGCCCUUUUCAUGCUCCCAAUGCCAGAAAGCAUUCGUAGUAAAGUCAGAACUUACCAUCCACCAGAGAAGUCACACCGGCGAGGUGCCGUUUUCAUGCCCGGAGUGCGGGAAAGGUUUCACACGACACGGGAACUUAACAAAUCACUUGAAAGUCCACACUGGGGAGAAGCCGUACUCCUGCCCUGAGUGCGAGAAAUCCUUCAGCCGGAGAGCUGAACUUGUUAUGCACCUGAGCGAUCACACUGGAGAUUAUCGUUUUACAUGCUCGGGGUGUGGGAAAGGUUUCUCUCAUAAAGGAAAACUCCACGUACACGAGAGAACUCACAAGGGUUUCACACAACAGGGGAACUUAACUAAUGGCAUGGAGGCCCACACUCAGGAAAAGUUGUUUUCCUGUCCAGAGUGUAAGAAAUCCUUCACCCAGAGGAAUGAAUUUGUUAUGCACUUGAGCUCUCACACGGAGUAUAAUCCUUUUUCAUGCUCAGUGUGCGGGAAAGGUUUCUCUCAUAGAGGAGAACUUUACAUACACGAGAGAAUGCAUGAGGGUUUCACACAGCAAGGAAACUCAACUAACGACAUGAACGUUCACAUUCGGGAGAAGCCUUUCUCCUGUCCGGAGUGCGAGAAAUCCUUCAGCCGGAGAAAUGAUCUUGUUAUGCACCUGAGCGUUCACACGGGGGAUUAUCCUUUUUCAUGUUCAGUGUGCGGGAAAGGUUUCUCUCAUAAAGGAAAACUUCACGUACAUGAGAGAACUCACAAGAGUAAGCAACCUUAACCCCGUUCAGAGUGCGGAAAAACUUACCUGGAAAAUUCACAUCUUCUUCAACACCUAAGAAGCAAAACAAAAAAAGUGGUGGGGGGGGUGUUGCCAGGAUCUGAGGCCGGGCUGACUUUAUUCUGCUACAGACCAAGACACUAUAUUGGAGAAUCCUGCUCCUGUAACUUGAGCACCUUUCCCACGCCUUGAUCAUGUCUCCCAGCAAGCUGAAAUCCACCAAACCAAGAUAUCAUUACAACUGGCUCCACUGAACCUCAAGUAAAAGCUUUGCAAGACAAAUUGGUUGACACUGAGCAUAGGCUCCGCUGCAAUAAUCUUUUGAGUGCUGACCAUACCAAAGAAGGCAGGAAGGACCCAUACCUGCUGAAUUCGCUGAGAUUUUCCUAACUACCUUAAUGGACCUGACAGAUCUUCCACUGACCUUUGUGGUUGAGAGAGUGCACCACGUUCCUUUGGCACCUCCAUUGCCGGUAGUCCUGAGACCCUUCCCUUCCCGGAUUAUGUUGUAGUGAAGAAGUCUAGUGGGGAGCCAAUCGACGUAUUGGUUUCGACGUGAACGUAAAUUACGUCCACCCCUAUUUGCAAACGACUUACGCAAACAACGUAA